AUGCGUCAGAGUCGCGUCACACGACCUAGAAUAUCUGGCAUUCACCACCGUUACGUAAGUGCCGUGACGGACAAUAUCGUCCGCCGCAUAACAUUCGCGGCGCGGCGGAAGUGUCGCAUAUCGACGGGGAAGCCGAUAACCCAAAUUUCUGCCUCCGACCUACAUAUUGGCAGUCACCUAUUACGGUAUGCCCAGACGGAUCGAAUCGCCCGCGCGUCGUUUCAUGUGGCCUUCCCACAUCCACAUCCUUGGAUGUUUGGUCGGAAGGACGGUUUAACCUUAGGUGUUCUCGGUGGCAGUCGGCAGGCCAGUGACCGCGGCACGUGGUCGUCGGUCGAGAUGAGCGCGUUGGGCCGGGGAGAGACGGCGCGCGGCGGCUGUCAUUGA